AUUUGCAGUUUUUUUGAAAAUGAGUCUGUGUAGAGAUAAAGUGAAUGUGCUCUUUGUGUGUCUAGGCAACAUUUGUCGUUCUCCCAUGGCCGAGGCGGUGUUUGCCGCCAUGGUGAGGCAAAAGAACUUGCAGGACCGGUUUGGUGUUAUUGAUUCUGCAGGCACAGCAGCGUAUCAUGUUGGUGAAACGCCCGAUAGUCGAAGUGCUGCGACUUGCAAAAAGCACAACGUACCUGUCAAUCAUCAUGCUCGUAAAGUGCACAAGUCAGAUUAUAAUCGGUUUGAUUAUAUUUUGUGCAUGGACACAUCCAAUCUCUCGGAUUUAAAGGCCAUGGCUCCUGCCGGCACCACAGCUGUGAUCCAAUUGUUUGGUGAUUUCGAUCCCAACGGAGAACGGAUCAUCCAGGAUCCUUACUAUGGUGGUAGAGAAGGAUUUGAACAUAAUUUCCAACAAGUAACAAGAGCCAGUGAAGGGUUUCUGAAGUCGCUCCGGAUGUUGUAAAAAGAAGUCCAUAGAAAAUUUCAGCCAUCCCCUCCUGAAUACAAAAAAGGGAUGGAUGUCCAGAAGGGAGUUCUAGUCGCCCGUCUAUGUCUGUUUAAACAGGUUCAUUCCCGUGAGAAAAGGCAGUAUUUUUUUUUUCCAAGCUUGCGCUUUCGGUUCUCCUUGAACUAUAGAAAAAGAAACGCAAGAUCCACGACAACCGAGAAUUCACAAAAUAAAGGGAAAAAAAACCAG